AUGGAGCAACAGCAGCAGCAGGAAAGAAAAGAAGACGCCAAGGAUUUGUUGGGCAAUAGCAUUGCCCCACUGCCGACUUUGGCGACCGGGGCUGCAAAAAGCCGCUCGAGUCAUUGUGCGGAGGUCACAAGUAUCAAUGAUCUCCCGUCAGAGGUCUUGAUACAAGUGUUUUCGCAGCUCGAUCCUUUGCUUUUGAACAACUUGAGACUCGUUUGCAAGAAAUGGAACUAUAUCAUCAACGACGAGGGGACGUGGAUGAAGCUGUUUCAAAUACGCUUUGGGAUGCUACCUUCGACGUCGUCAUUUCCCAGUGUCACCGAUGGAGUAAGCUGGAUUGACGAGUACUUUACCAGGCUCAAGAUCAUAAAGGCCUGGCGAAAGGCGACUUCUAUCCAUCAAACCUAUCAACUACUAAACAGUGAACAUAGAUUCAAUGACGAAACAUUGUGCGAUUUCAAAAUGAACAGAAUCAGUGUUUUUGACCAAAAGCUGGGGAAUUUUUCCUCGGGGAAUCUUACAAAUGGGCAGAAGCAGACUUUUAUACCCGGUGGUUUCAAUUUGGACAUUUUAAGCUUUGACUUGAAUUGGAGCUACAUAGUGAUUGGCAAAACCAAUGGUGACGUGAUGUUGAGGAAUUUGUCGAGCACAAAUUCAUAUACGCAAAGACUCAGUUUAACUGCGUUUGAAGUCAACGAGGAGCAACCGCGGAGUCCCAUAUCGAGCAUUGCUAUAGACACAGUAGUGGACAAGACGGGGGGCUCGAUUGCCGUCAUAAGUGGAUCCUUUGAUGGUACUUUAGCGUUUUGGAAUAUCAAUGGGAGAAUGCGCCAUAGCUUAAACUUGGGAGAGGUCAUUUACAACAUCAAGUCUGAUUUUGGCAAAUUCAUUGUCGUCAACACCAAAUCUCGAAUCUAUGUGUUGGAUUUUGGAAACUUUGAAACGCGCAAUUUAAUAGAAUUGGGCUUCCAUGUCAAUGGCGACGAGGACGAGUUUUCGCACCUUGAACAGCUUGUGAGACAAAAGAACAAGCUAGACGUGGACUUUGGCGGGAAGAAAAUUAUUUUAUCCUACAAAUCAACCAUUCGAGUUUACGAUUUCGAAGGCCCCGGGGUACGGAAAUUGGACUUGGCAGACGGCGUCGAGGUGAUUGAUUCUCAGUUCCAAACUUGUCUGAAAAACAAACUUUAUAGUUUGAACACCAACCGCUGUGUUGGCCAUGAUGGGCUCUUGUAUGGAAGCAUGUUGUCAGAUAGCAGCAUAAUCGUCUGGAACGUUCGAGAUGACUCGAAUUCUUCAAUCUUGCCACAAUUGAGACUACACCCAGAAAUGAACUAUAAAAAGAUACUGGCAGGUAUCAACCAUGUCAUUUCAAGAAACGAUUUAAUGUCAAUUACCGCGUUUGCAUUGAAUGGCUCUGUUUUGGCGGUCUCUGGAUACAAUGGUUUGACCAACAUCUACGACGUUUUCACAGGGAAAUUCUUGCGAGAAGCUUCGAUUAAGUUCCCCAAGCGACUCGAUCAUAUGAACCACACGCUUUGCACGACAACGUUUGUCAAGCUAAAUCCCAACGCUGCAGAGUCGAGCGGGGUGAUUGCCUGUGGUGAUACCAUCCAGUAUUUCCAAUUUGGCGAGUUGCAGGCCAAAUCAAGAAGAAACUCGGCCCUGGGAAAAAAGCCGAAACAAGUGAAUUUAGGAGUGCAUGGAAAAAAUGAACACAAGAAGAAGAUCAGGGACGGAUACGACGAGUACCAAAGACAAUUGUACAACGAACACAAGGUCAAUGAAAUGUUUGACAGAUACAAUGGCACGCAUUAUGACAACGAAGAAGAAGAGUACAAGAUUGCUUUGGCAAUGAGUGCGAAUUUGCAUAGUAAUGACAACGAUGGAAUUGGAAUUGGAAAUGAAGACGAGGAUUUAAAGAUGGCGUUGGAAAUUUCCAAAUUGGACACCAGUGGGCAAAGCGAAGACGUUCUGGAGCAACUGACGAUGCUCACGAGUUUAAACCUGGAUGAAAACGGCAAUGAUGACGUCGAUGAAGAGUUGCGUGCGAUUUUAGAAUUGUCUCUUAGGGAAAGAUAA